AUGCCACGUUUUGAAAUUCCCUUCACACCUGCUGGGAAGGAGCUGCAGUCGUGGGAGCUGCUCACCGAGAGCCAGAUGCAGUCGGUGUUCACGGAUAUUGGCAAGAUUGACUUCCAGGAUCCAUCCAACUACUGCAACAUUCCCAGCGUGCCCGGCCUGGCUCCCAGCUCCACGGCCUCGGCGGCCUGGCUGAGCAGUGAGGGGGAGGCUCUGUUUGCCCUGCCCUCUGCCCUGGGGGGCAUCUUUGUCGUCAAGCUCCCUCCUCCUGACACACCUGGAGCCAUUUCCAUUGUGGAAUUGAAGCAGAGCUCCGUGAUGCAGCGUUUGCUCACCGGCUGGAUGCCCACUGCCAUCAGAGGGGACUGUGGCCUGUCGGAUCUGCCUGUCAGCCUCUCUGUCCACUGCCUGGAUCAUGAUGCCUUUCUCUUUGCUCUCUGCCAGGACCACAAGCUUCGGAUGUGGUCCUACAAGGAUCAAAUGUGCCUGAUGGUUGCAGAUCUGCUGGAGUUCAUGCCGGUCAGCAGGGACCUGCGGCUCGCGGCUGGGACGGGCCACCGGCUGCGUCUGGCCUUCUCCCAGUCCCUGGGGCUCUACCUGGGUGUCUACAUGCACGCUCCCAAGCGAGGGCAGUUUUGUGUCUUCCAGCUGGUGAGCACUGAGAGCAACCGCUACAGCCUGGACCACAUCUCCUCCCUCUUCUCCUCACAGGAGACUCUGGUUGACUUUGCCUUAACCUCAGCUGAGAUCUGGGCACUGUGGCACAAUGAAGAGAACCAAACCGUGGUGAAAUACAUCAACUUUGAGCAGAAUGUGGCGGGCCAGUGGAACCAGGUCUUUGUGCAGCCACUGCCUGAGGAGGAGGUGACAGUUCGACCUGACCAGGACCCCAGGGAAACCUACCUGGAGUAUCUCUUCACGCCUGGCCGGUUCUCCAACGCAGCCAUCCAGAAAGCUUUACAGAUCUUUUCCCAAGGAACUGAGAGACACAUGGAUCUGACAUGGGAGGAGUUAAAAAAAGAGGUGACCUUGGCCGUGGAAAGUGAGUUCCAGGGCAGCGUGACAGAGUAUGAGUGCUCACCAGAGGAGUUCUGGCAGCUUCAGGUGGAGUUCUGGUCCAAGUUCUAUGCCUGCUGCCUUCAGUACCAGGAAGCCCUCUCACGGCCCCUGGCCUUGCACUUGAACCCCUACAGCAGCAUGGUGUGCCUGCUGAAGAAGGGCUCCCUGUCUUUCCUGGUGCCCUGCUCCUUGGUGGACCAUCUCUACCUGCUCUCCAAUGAGCACCUCCUGACUGAGGACGACGCUGCCAUCUUUGACGAUUUGGAGAUGUCUCGUGAUGUUGUCUGUCUUGUCCAGUGCCUUCGACUGAUCGGAGAAUCAAUUUCCAUGGAAAUGGCAUUCAUCAUGGAAAUGGCUUGUUCCCGCCUCCAGCCUCCAGAAAAGGCUGCAGAGCAGAUCAUGGAGGACUUGAUAGCUAAUGACACGGAGAAUGUGCUGGAGGAAAUACACAGCAAACUGCAGGAGAUCCGGAACCCCAUCCAUGCCAUGGGAGUGCUCAUCCGGGAGAUGGACUACGAGACAGACACCGACCUGGAGAGAGCUCCUCACCUGGGCGUGCGCAUGAGCCUCACCCAGCUGUACGGCAGCGGGACGGCGGUGGCCGUGGUGUGCGGGGGGGUCUCCAAGGUUGCCUCCCUUCGUUUCCUCAUCUGUCGGGACCUCUUGAUCCUCCAACAGCUGCUGCUGCGGCUCGGGGACCCUGUGGUGUUGGGAGUGGGACAGCUCUUCCAGUCCCAGCAGCAGGACCUGCUGCACAGAACCUCUCCCCUGCUGCUCUCCUACUACCUGAUCCGCUGGGCCAGCCAGUGCCUGGCGGCCGACGUCCCCAUCGACACCCUGGAAUCCAACCUGCAGCAUCUCUCCGUGUUGGAGUUAGCAGACACCACUGCUCUGACACCCCACAAGCUGGUAUCCGGCCCUCAAACAAUUGUGGAGCUCUUCUUUCAGGAAGUGGCCAGAAAGCACAUCAUUUCUCGACUCUUCUUGCAACCAAACACUUCUUUGGCUGAGACAAGUUUGAACUGGCCCCAUCUCUUCACUGCUGUGGUGACUGACUUUCUGCCCCUCCUAUGGCCCAGCAAUCCCAGCUUCCUCUUCCCAGAGUGCCUGAUGGGGAGCUGUCAGUACACCCAGCUCCAGGAAUACAUCCGCCUGCUGCAGCCCUGGUGCCACGUGAACAUGGGCUCCUGCCGCUUCAUGAUGGGCCGCUGCUACCUGGUGAUGGGGGAGGCACACAAGGCUUUGGAUUGUUUCUGCCAAGCAGCCUCAGAGGUGGGAAGAGAAGAGUUCUUGGACAGGCUGAUCCAACCUGAGGAGGGGGAGAUGGUCUCCACUCCACGCCUGCAGUACUACAACAAGGUUCUGCGCUUGUUGGACAUGGUGGGUUUGCCAGAGUUGGUCAUCCAGCUGGCCACCUUGGCCAUCAUGGAAUCUGCAGAUGACUGGAGGAGCCAGGCUAUGUUGAGGACUUGCAUCUUCAAACAUCACUUGGAUUUGGGACACAACAGUGAAGCAUACGUGGCCUUAACACAAAACCCAGAUCCCAGCAGGCAGCUGGACUGUCUACGCCAGCUAGUGGUGGUUCUCUGCGAGCGCUCCCAGCUCCAGGACCUGGUGGAGUUUCCCUACAUCAACCUGGACAACGAGGUGGUGGGGAUCAUCGAGUCGCACGCUCGAGCCGUGGACCUGAUGACCCACAACUACUACGAGCUGCUCUACGCUUUCCAUGUCUACCGCAACAACUACCGCAAGGCUGGGACGGUGAUGUUUGAGUACGGGAUGCGGCUGGGCCGGGAGGUGCGGACGCUGCGGGGGCUCCAGAAGCAGGGGAAUUGUUUCCUUGCUGCCAUCAACUGCCUGCGCCUGAUCCGCCCCCAGUACGCCUGGAUAGUGCAGCCAGCAUCAGGAGCUGUGUAUGAACGUCCAGGAGCAUCCCCGAAGAGAAGCCACGAUGGGGAGUGCACAGCUGUCCCCACAACUCGCCAAAUCGAGAUCCUGGAGCUGGAGGAUUUGGAGAGGGAAAGUGUCCUGGCCCGGAUCCGGCUGACUCUGGUGCAGCACGACCUGUCAACAGCAGCUGUGGCAGGCAACUCUACUCCUGAGGAAACUCUUGCUCUCCUGAUCCGGGCCGGCCUCUUCGACACUGCUGUCACUCUGUGCCAAACGUUCAAGCUGUCCUUGACACCCAUCUUUGAGGGACUCACUUUCAAGUGCAUCAAGCUGCAGCUGGGAGGGGAGGCAGCUCAGGCAGAGGCCUGGGACUGGCUGGCUGCAAACCAGCUCUCCACCCUGGUUACCACCAAAGAGUCCAGCGCCACGGAUGAAGCCUGGCGGCUGCUCUCAGCCUAUUUGGAGCAUCACCCAUCCCAGAACAGCCUGUACCAUCGCUGUGUCAUCAACAAGCUCCUGGCCCAUGGGAUCCCUCUGCCCAACUGGCUCAUCAACAGCUACAAGAAGGUGGAUGCUGCCGAGCUCCUGCGGCUCUACCUGAAUUAUGACCUGCUGGAGGAGGCAGUGGAGCUGGUCCUGGAGUAUGUGGAUGCUGUGCUGGGCAAAGGGCACCAGUAUUUUGGAAUUGAGUUCCCCCUGUCAGCCACAGCCCCCAUGGUGUGGUUGCCCUACACUGCCAUCGACCAGCUGCUCCGGGCCCUGCAGGAGAGCUCCGCCAACCAUCACAACGUCGUGCUCUACCAGAAGCUGCAGGAGAAGAUGGAGGACUACCAGCAGAAGGUCAGCGUGGCCACCCGGGACCGCCUGUACCGCCGGAGCUAGCGGCAGCCCUGUCACCCAGGUGGCCUUGGCCACCACCUCGGGAUGGUGCUGGCUCCAGGUGACAGCCCCAGAGCUGACACUGUCCCCCCACCCUGUGCCAGCUCAGCCCCUGGUGCCGUUUUUACCCAUUUUUGGCCGAUUUUGUUUUUUUUUCCGCAAGGAUCCGGUUGGGGGAGGCGGGUGCACCUUGGCUGUGUCACCCUGCUGUCCCCGUCCCCUCGGUUGUGGGGUGAUGAGCAGAGCUGUGGGGUGUGACCAGCACCCUGGCGGGUCCCCUGGCUCUCCCCCACCCCAGACAGCGGCCCCCUGGGGUGCUGCUUUGUAUUUAUUUGUGGUGGGUUUGGAUGAACUCCAAUAAAUGGCGGCGUUGAUA